UUCCCUAUAUAUCACACACACACCGAGUACGCCAGCUUACCAGGCAGGAGUCUGGUUGUCAAAUAUUAGCAUCAUAAUGUCAAGUCAAAGUGAGCCCACCAGCACCGGAUACAAUCUACUGCAAACCCCUGAACAGGAACAAGGCUUAUCAAGACUCAGACAGUUAUCGCCUGGCCAUGUACGUAAACUGGGGUUGACGAGGAAAAUGCGAGAAAGGAGGGAUUUCAAGGAAGAUGAAAACCCAGAAGAGAAAGCCCAGAGACACAAGGAGCAGGAGCUGAAGCCUCUGUAUAAAGAGCUGUUGUACACCAUCGCUCAUAAGAUGGGCAAACCGUCACCAGCUGAGGUCUUCACAGACAGCCAGCUUCAACAGUACAUCAAGGAGGCUUUCGUUAUGACAGAGUCAGAGCACAACAGUCUGACCGAGAAAGUACGGAGCACAGAGCCCCCAGUAUACUGCCUCAUGGCCACUGUAAAGGAAGCCAAGGGAAUCCUGGGAAAAGACGUCAGUGGUUUCAGUGACCCAUACUGCCUGCUGACCAUAAUGGAGGACGAGGAGGAGAGCCGAACACGCCGGUCCAGAGCCAAACCCAGUAAAUCUAUUGUAAAGGACGCCGUAUCCGAUGACAAAAUCUACCAGUCAGACAUAAAGAAGCAGACUCUGAACCCCAUCUGGAACCAAACCUUCAUACUAGAGUUCAGAGGCAUCGCCGGUGCCAGCUUCCACCUUGAGAUGUGGGAUAAAGACGAAGAGGUUUCGCUCACUCAGAAACUAGAGGAUAUCAAAACCAACUUUAAUAGCUUAAGAAGGAUGAUCAAGGAAGCCAAAAAGGAGAAAGGGACAGAUGACUUUUUGGGAAAUGUGGUCCUAAAACUACAGGAUCUCCACUGUACUGAAGACCACUGGUACAAUCUGGAGCCCAGAACAGAGACGUAUCCUGAUCGCGGCCAGUGCCACCUGAAUCUCAAGUUCAUCCAUAAAGCGAGAGACGGGACGCUGAGUGCCGGUCGUAACGCUUACAUCAAUUACUGUGGGAUUCUGCAGCAGUUUGUUCAAGCUUACAUCUCCAAGCAACAGAGUUCUGCUCCGUGGAAAGGGGCGCUGUGUGGCGAGGCUCAGACUCUGCUGGAGCUCUAUGCUACGCAGAAUGACCUUUCACCUUUUCUUCAGGACCUGGCGAAGUGGGUGGCUUACAGCAAGCUGUACCAGAGUUUAGAGGUGGACUCCUCUGUGCUGUUCCAGCAGCUAACCAGUGUAGAGUACCAUUGGCAUCAGCAGGAGUUGCCACACCAACAGAAACAGGAACUUGGGGACUCUCUUCAUGGUUUCCUGCAAUACGGACUGUGUCUGGUGGCCAAAUACAGAGACAUCUUCCCCCCAACUCCCAGUGCCACUCCAAAACUACACACACUGCUCAGAAUCUUGGUCCAGAUCUGUAAGACUUCAUACAUUAUUACAAAUUUAAUUUUAUAUCAUAAGUCUUUAAUUACUCAUAUUAGGACUUUUAUACAGACAGGUACACAGGAGUGGUUUACCAUCAAAAAGGGUUUGCACCAGCCAAUGACUAAGGACCUGUCAGAGAUCGUGAGCGCCCUCUCCAGAUUGAUUGAGGAGGUGCAGUUAGACAUAAAACACAACAAGGAUGCCUGGAAUAGGGUAUUUGUCAGUGCUGUGCAGGUGGAUGUGUUCACUGUGGUCUAUAAGAGGUUUGACUCUCUGCUUGCAAAUGAAGUGAGGGAAACCUUAUCCCUGAUUGAGGGUCACAUGGAGCAGGCUCUAGCCAAAAGCUUGUUCCCUGUUUACCUGAGCCUGCAGGCCAUCCACAAAGACAAGGCUUACUUACAGAAAAGGGGAUUACUUGAGUUAACAAACUUUCAAGAGGGCUUCAGAGAGGCUCUGCCUUACUGGCUGAACCAGGCCUUCAGCACAACUCAGGAUAGGGUGGAGAGGGCUGUGCGGGUAGACCAGCUCCAACCCCUGCAGUCUGGUGCUGUGCCCAUAAAACACAGUAGCUCAGCAGUGGACCUGGUGGCAUGUAUCCAACCUAUCUGCCAGCUGUGGGAGCAGCUGUCCUGGCCUGACCCUGAGGAGGCCUUCAUGCUCAUGGUCAAACUCACUGAGGAUGUGUGUAAGAUUGUGGUGAACUACUGUCACAUCCUGAAGGAGAGGGUCAGGGUGCUGUCUGAGAACUCCGACCACGGCAGCGCCAUCAACAUGUUGUGUGUGGUGGUGAAUGACUUGGAGCACUUACGGUCAGUACUGACCCGACUUCCUACGCAGCUGAACUGGGCAGGGCUCCGUGAUCGGACCCAAAAUGUGAUUAAGGAAAGCCAGUUCCACAACACUCUGCCCUCACAGCUAGAGCAAGCCCAGGGUGUCCUUGGCCGAGAGAUUCGCUCCGCUUUAGACACUCUUGGAAAAAAGUUAAACAGAGACAUUGAGACUCAUGUCCGAAACAUGUCAACCAGGCGGAGGAUUCCCUCCAAGUCCACAGAGGAUGCUGCAGCCCCUCUGAUGCAAUACCUGGAGCAAGAGCUGCAGUAUAUGAAUGAAAACCUUGUUCAAGAAAACUUCAACAGUCUCCUGAUGCCUUUGUGGAAUAACUCAGUGAAGAUCCUCCACCAGGUGGCUACUCAGCAUCCACAGCAAGAAGGGCUCAUGGUGUUCUGCCAGAGACUGCUGUACACACUGCAGUGCCUGGAGCUGUGCUUCCACGCCGAGGGAAAUGGACUCCCUCUGAACACACUCCACUCUGAUGAGUACAAGGCUCUCAAAGCUCACCUUACUCACAACUCUCUGAGCAGCUGGCAGCUUAUGGAGAAGUUCCUUGAAAGGAAAAUAUGGGAGCAGAAGGUGUACAGUGGAGAGAAAUAUGGUGCAGUCACCCUCCUCACGUCCUACAGGAGAUCAGACCAAAGACUCAGAGUCGAGGUGUUGAAUGCAGUCAACCUCAUACCAAUGGACUCUAAUGGUUUCAGCGAUCCGUUUGUGCAGCUGAGUCUGGAGCCUAACCACAUUUUUCCUGAGGUAGAACUUCGCUGCACUCAGAUCAAAAGCUGUGAACUCAAUCCCCUUUUUGAUGAGGCCUUUGACUUUCUGGUAUCCCUGGAUCAGUGCCAGGCUCCAGGGGCUUGCCUGGUCGUGACAGUUCUGGACCAUGACACCUUGAGGACAGAUGACUUUGAAGGUGAGGCCUUCCUGGCCCUCAAGGCCAUACCAGGAGUUGCUGGAGGAAAGGAAGGAGAUGGACUCAGCACACAGCCAGAUGCCAACCCUGCUCAGAUUCGACUGCCUCUGAUGCAUCCUAAACCGAACGAGGACAGCAUUCUGAGGUUACUGGAGUCCAGGAGAGGAGAGCGAGAUGCUCAGGCCUACGUGAAGAAGCGAAGACAGAGAGAGAAGCAGUCCCAGGAGGGGAUUCAACCGUGACAAACAUGCGGACAAUUUCUUCUUCCAAAAAUAUACAAUUUGUUUUAAUGAUCUGUACCAAAAACAAAGAAAAAAAAAAUCACUCAGAAAGAAACACUGGUGUUGGAUGAGUUGUGUGUGGACAGUAUGCCGAGCAUGGGUUCACCGAAGACCAUCACAGUGAUCAUGAACACUUUCAACACCUGCAUUUAAAACUCAUACACCUGAUACAUGCAUAUCUGUCUGCUUCCUGAUGCUUUGUCUAGUCAGUGCAAGAGAUAAGUAUGACAUCACUUAACUAUAUAUAUAUAUGUGUGUGUGUGUGUGUGUGUGUGUGUGUGUGUGUGUGUGUGUGUGUGUGUGUGUGUAUGUAUGUAUGUAUG